AUGUCCGCAACAAGGGGAAAGACCGCGCUCGCCCUCUCGCGCGUGUGGCACCACACGAGUGCCCAGGACCGUGUCUUGGGUAACCUUGCCAGCCGCAUCGCAUGGGUCCUCAUGGGCAAGCACAAGCCGACCUACGACCCAGCUGUCGACGCGGGAGACUAUGUCGUCGUGUCCAACGCCCUCGGUGUCCGCCUGACAGGUAACAAGGCGACGGACAAGACGUACUUCCAGCACUCGGGGUUCAUGGGCGGCGAGAAGUUUGUUCCUAUCACGCGAGUCCGCGAGCGGCGGCCUGAGGAGAUUAUCCGUAAAGCCGUGUCGGGCAUGUUGCCAAAGAACACGUUCCGGGACCGCCGUCUGGAGCGUCUCAAGAUUUACGCAGAGGACGCGCCGGCAACCGUUAUGGGUAAUGUACUCACGACGUGGCGGGACGCCGAGGUAAAGGAGCCCAAGGAGUAG